UAUUAUAUAAUAACACAUCAGAAAAAGCAUUUUGAAGUUCGUAUUAUUUUAAAUUAUUAACCAACUCCUCCUUGGGAGUGUUCUCUUUGCAGGACGGUGAUGAUCACUCUGGUGUUUAUGGAAGAACUCCAUCACUUUAAGAAUCUGGACUCCUCCUGACUUUAGUGGAUAUCAGUCCAUGAAAACUGCAACAAAUGUGUUAUUAAAAGAGGCCACGUUUUCUAAAGGAGUUAAAGAGUCAAAGAGUUGGAAAAGGAGAGGUGGACGUCGUAUGAGAUGUGUUUAAGCCAGAGUCUGGUUAUUUCUGUGCAAACAUGCAUCGGUGUGGUUGUGUGGGAGUGUAGAGAAUGAGAUGAGUUGAGGAGAUGGGGAGACGGUGUGUGUGUCGGUGUGUGUGCUGGGGGUGGGUGCAUUAGUCCGUGUCAGACAGCAAAGAGUGCCGCAUUUAUCUAGGAAUCUGAGCCAAAGCAGCCUCACUAACGGACUGAGCCGGGCAAAGAGGACAACCAGCAGAACAAGAGGAAAGAGAAGAGCGAACGCAAGCCACACAAGGUCAGGAGUGCAGAAGUUUAGACAAAAAAGGACACGCUGGCGGAGCGUUUUUAAAGAAAAGUGCCAAAAGCAAGAACAAAGUCUCCUUUUGAAGUUUGAAAUGAAGCAAGGUUCAAGAUUUGUCAGCAUGCUUCCUUUGCUGUCUGUGUGUUUGGGAGUGCUGCCCUCCUCAGAUGCGUCUCCAGCCUGCACAGAGGAGCCCUGCAGGGACAGUCUGGUGGCUGCCCCCAUCCCAGCGGGGUCCGGAGCAAAGGUGAGGGCUGAGGCGGAGAGCAGAACCGGGACAGGUGCAUGCAGGACGGGGUUCUCCCUCCCCGCCAUCGCGGAUAUUCCUCGAAGGAUGGAGCACAGACACGCUCAGCCCAACACCGCCGGACUCAAAGAGCGCCUGACUCAGCUGCAGCUCUGCAUGCGCAACCUCCAGGAAUCAGGGGACCGCUGGAGUCCUGGAAGCCAGGACGGGGACUCUCUGGGGGCCAUCCUGGCAUUGAUGGCCGCCGUGCUGACAGAGUGUGACCUACACUGUCACAGCCAAACGCUGGGAGCAAUGGCCAGGCGCCUGGAACUCGCCGCGGCGAGCAGAGAGGGCGAGAAGGACCUGCUGCUCUUUCUCAAAAGCAUCACACAAAACCCGCCCACAGUUCCCCCCCUGGAAAGAGUACAUCCCCGCGACUGUGCCGAUAUUUAUAGGCUUGGGAUCAGAGAGAAUGGAAUCUACACAAUCCAGCCGGAUCUGCACAGCCCGGCUCUGGAGGCUAAAUGUGACAUGGAGGCGGCGGGCGGCGGCUGGACGGUGAUCCAGAAUCGACAGGAUGGCUCAGUGGACUUCAACAGGACGUGGCAGGAGUAUCGGGACGGCUUUGGCAGCGUGCAGGCGGAGCACUGGCUGGGUAAUGCGGCCGUGCAUGCCCUCACCUCCGCCGGCCAACACCAACUCCGCAUCGAGCUGGAGGACUGGCACCAGCAGGAGCGCCAGGCCACCUACAGCAAGUUCAAAGUGGCCUCAGAGGCACAGAGGUUUCGUCUGACAGCUCAAGAAUACAGCGGCGACGCAGGCAACGCGCUGAGCUACAGUAAACGAUACAACCACGACGGCCGGCUCUUCAGCACCCCUGAUGAAGACCACGACCGCUACGGCUCUGGAAACUGCGCCCAGUACUAUGGCGCGGGGUGGUGGUUUGACGCCUGCCUGGCCGCCAACCUGAACGGCCGGUAUUACCGCGGACGUUACAGCGGCGUGACCAACGGCAUCUACUGGGGGACAUGGUACAUCCUGACCGACGGGCGGACCGGAGAACGCUACUCCUUCAAGAGGGUGGAGAUGAAGACCAGACCAAAGAGCUUCACGGGAACAAGAUGAAAAAACGUUAAACACAGAUGGACAUUUUAAAUUGGUAGAUGAAUUGAUUAGAACGUUAUUUCAAUAAACUUUAGUGUCAUUUAAAGAUCCUCUCAAACGGCAGUUAUGGGAUUAAAUAACUCUAAAUACUGAACUUCUUCUUGUCACAAUAGCUGGUUCCGUGUGCAGCAGGUUUAUUAGUUCAGACAGGAACUAAUCACAGCUGAAAGUCCAUAACACUAAAUCAGAGUCAGACAGACAGACGUCAAUCACAGGCAUCCAUGAAGAGAGUAGAGAUGUCAGGGUCCAGGUGAGGGUCAGGGCAGGCGGCAAUCAGAGAUAAAGCAGAAGAUCAGGUCCAGAUAGAAAUGCUCAGUAAUGCAGACAAACACAAACAAUACUUCACACUGAGUCGGGCUCUGAGCAGUGCUGAAGUGUCCUGUGAGUGAUUGUCAAAUGUGAGACAGCUGAGCACUAUCCAGGAACUGUGUGCUGGGGUUGCUGGGAGAUGUAGUGCGUUGAGUACUCUGGAGACAUCUCCCGCCGGUGACCAGAGGGGGAGACAGAGCUCUGACUCCUGACAAUUCUGCUAGAUCUUAUUUUUCUCUCCAGAGGGGUUAAAAUGAGACAAAUGGAGCAACUGAUAACCAACAGCAGAAUACUUUUUCUGACAGCAUUUGAAGAAGUCUAACUCACUGUGACGUAAAGGUCAGUCAGGGAUCGUUGGAGGAUUGUUAACAAUUGCAAAUAGAGAUUUAUUCAGACAUGAGUUUUACUCUUCUGGGUUUUGUUAUGAAGCCUUCUCCAAUCAUUUCAGAGUCCAUUACACUCCAGUUGUUGAUCUCCUGGCUGUUGCCCAUUCGCAGGGAUUGACACAGCCUGAGGGAUUUGGAAUGAAGGCUGUGCUGGAUGUCCUUCCAAUUUUGUGACUGUACUCAACCCGUCGCCUACUACAGUAUACUGAGCUGCAACAACCUGCAGUUUCCCAAAGACUUCACAGUUCAAGGUGUACAGAAACGUCACUCCAGUUAUUAAAAAAAGUAGUUAUUUUACAGGAGUUUCUGAUUAAGUAAACAUGCAACGCUCAGAGAAAGUGAUAAAAAAACAUACACAGUAUUUUAACAUCACAACACAGUACUUUAGGAUCAUAACACAACACUUUAGGGUCACAACAUUUAAGGGUCACAACACUUUAGGGUCAACAUUUAAGGGUCACAACAUUUAAGGGUCACAACACUUUAGGGUCAACAUUUAAGGGUCACAACACUUUAGGGUCAUAACACAUUAGGGUCACGA